AUGCUGGAAUCACAGGGUGAUGAAGAUAGUAGUGGGAUUCAAUUUGCAUCUACUCAAAUGCAGGGGAGGUAUGAAGAGUUGAAGGAGGAACUUGUAGAGGAAGAAGAGAAGAAGCUUUCAAUUUUGAAUCUACAAAGAUUUAAAAAUACGAAUGAUAAGUCAAUUUAUGAUGGCAAAAGAUUUUCAAUAAAUACCAAUCGUAAGGAGAAAAUAACACAAGAGAAGACCAAGAAUGCAAAGCCAAACUCCAAACGUAGGAAGAUCAAGAGUAUUACAUCAUUAAUGAACGAUAAAUAUAGUUUAUCGACGGAAGAGAUAUCUCAAAGAACUGGAGAAAGUGAAGAAAAGGUCCAACUUUCAAUUCUUCAAUAUUUUUCAGGAAAGAAGCGUAAAAUAAAUGACAUCCUUAACCGGAUUGAAACAGCAGAGACCAGAAAGAAUAACGAUACGAAUUCACUCAAGUUGGCAGGACCAUAUGAAGAUCGAUUUAUAUAUUCUAAAACCGAAUGGAAUGAGAUUCUACGAAACAUAAAAGUUCGAUUUCCUAAUCUUUCUUCAAAGACAAAAAGAAGUUUGAAAUAUUUAACUAGAAAGGUACAGAGUUCUCAAAAACUACAAGAAAAUAGUAUAUGGUCACAAACUUCAAUGUGCCCGGAGACAGAUGAAUUAAACUCUGAAGAUAUCAACUGGUUGUACGAUCUUCCAGAGGAUGUGGGAAAUGUAACGAGUUUUUCAGAGAUAGAAGAAAGCUUUCAAGAAAGUAAUCCAUUUGUAUUAACUUUGUCACAAGUUAUGAAUGAGACAAAGAGAUCAUUUGCAGAACAAGAUACCGAUAUUGAAGAGGAUGAGGAUGAACAUGGGUCAAAAGAGGGAUUAAAGGAUGAUAUUAACUGUGAAUUCAAACAAGAUUUCAAAGUAGAUAGUCAAUCAUUUAUUGAAAAUAAGUCAAAAUCUGAGGUUAAGACAAAUGAGGAUGAUAAGUAUAUUGAAGUUAUUUCAGACUCAUCACCCGAAUUAGCACCACUUGUUCUUGUUAAGACUCCUCCCAAACUUCAAAUCCUGGAAACUGCAGACCGUGACUUUGCACCUAUUAUAUCUUCACACCAACAAGAAUCGAUGUUUUCACUUGAUAAUAUUGGUAGUCUUCCUAUUUCUGGAAAUAAGGAAGCAGGCACACAGAAUUUACCGAUUGAAUUAGGUUCAAGUUCACAAAUUGGUGAAGAUAAUCACGAAGAGAUAUUUUCUUCAUCAUUCUCACAAGAAAACAAAAAUACACCAAAAAAGAAAAUGAAACCAAUAGUGAUUGAAGAAAUAAUUUCAUCACCCGUCAGAUCUUUACCAGGGGUGUUUAAAACUCCUACAAAAAGAGCUGGUAUCACUAGCAAAAUUUCUAAACUAGAAGACUCGCCUAUUAAGUUACAGCAAGAAUCACCAAUAUCGGAAUCUAUUUAUUCUACAGCAAAUACGUUUUUCCAAAAUCUGAUCCUGCUGGUUCCAGGAUCUCAGAUUUCAAGAAUUUCUUCUGGUCAAGAUCUACUGAUUGCAAUACCAAAACAAAGUAGGAAACGAUAUAGAACAUCAUUAGUGGAAAUACCAGGAGCAGUUGAAAUAUCAGAAUUGGAAAUUGAAAAUGCCAUCAAAAUUCGGAAAAUAGGUACAAGAAGAGAAGUACCGAUUGAUCCUGAAGAGGAAAUUGCUGAUUCAGAAGAUGAAGGGCAAUUUGAAGGAGACACCAGUAUAAGCAUUAUUGAGAUUUCUCGGGUGAUUCCAGAUGAAGAUGACGCUAUAAACAAGGAGAAAGAAUCUACCGUAGAUAUCUCAAAUACUUCGAUCUUACAAGUACCUUCGAGUCCAAGAGAAGGAGAUAUUAUGUCAGAUUCCGUAGAUUUAAAAGAAAAACCAUCUAUUGAAUCAAGAGACUUUCAAUCUAUGAAUGCCACUCAAUUAAGAGAAAUCUUUUUAGAUUGGGGGUUGAAACCAACAAGAGGAAAGGACAAAAUGGUUGAGAUAUUAAAUGAACUUACGUCACAUGUUAAUGUAACUGAAGUAGGACUAAGUCAACAAGUUGUCGAAUCAAGUGUAUUCGAAAAGAUUACAAAAGUUAUUAGAGACAAUCAAUAUUGGUAUGAUAAAGUACUUAGCUAUGAACCAAUAGUGCUUGGAACUCUUCAAACUUGGUUAACUGAAUCCGGGAUAAGGAUUCAAAGAGAUAUUCUAGAGAAGUAUUGUGAUUAUGCUGGUAUCGUCACAACAUUGGCCAAGGAUGAUAAAUAG